CACAUAGGUUUAAUGACAAACCAUUUUGAUUUACUCACAAAAGGAAACAUGAAAUUUCCCACAAUUCAUAUAAAAAUAACGGAGGAUACAUAUAUAAACAAAGAAUUAAUUCGUAUCAGUAUAAAAGAAAUAUCCAAAAAUUAAAAUUUACCCAGUGUUACUUUGAAUGUUCUAGUAAGUUUGUCUACCAUGACAAAAGUAAUUUUUAGUGUAACUUGUCUUUUACUCGUACUUGUAAGAUCUAAUCACGCAGCAAGGGUCCUAGCAGUGUUUCCAUCACCAUCCAUUAGUCACCAAGUUGUAUUUCGUCCUCUAACUCAAGAACUAGUGAAGAGAGGUCAUGAAGUCACAGUCAUCACACCAGAUCCUGUGUUUAAAAAUACUGGAGCACCUCCUAAUCUAACAGAAAUCGACGUCCAUGACGUCUCGUAUAAAAUAUGGCAAGACACAUUCCUGAAGAAAUCUUCUAAAGGGGAAAAAAGUGAUUUAGUACCACAAAUCACAAUAAUUUUCGAGGCAUUUUAUCAAAUUCUAGAAGCACAGUUAAAAAGCAAGGAGGUACAAGCAUUAAUUAAUGACAAGAACAAACAGUUUGAUCUGUUACUGCUCGAAGCUUGCGUUCGAUCGACGAUAGUGUUUUCACACAUCUACAAAAAUAUUCCAGUCAUUCUUGUCAGUUCGUUGGGUGGAACAAAUUUUAAUUAUGAAGUUUUAGGUGCAGCAGGACACCCCAUACUUUUUCCUGACUUUUUCCACCAGAAAGUUCACAAUCUCACUUUCUGGGAAAAACUUCAUAUGCUGUACACUCACUACCAACUUACGAAACUUCAUGAAAGUAUUGCAGAGCUUGAAGAUUCUAUGCUUCAAAAACAGUUUGGUCCUAACAUACAAUCAGUGACAGAGUUGAGUAACAACGUUGACAUGUUGUUCCUGAACAUACAUCCAAUGUUUGAAGGAGUCCGGCCGGUUCCUCCAUCAGUGGUUUACAUAGAAGGACUCCAUCUGAAACCACAGAAGGAACUAUCUACUGACCUCAAGUCAUAUUUAGACUCGUCUAAAAAUGGAGUGAUAUACUUAAGCUUUGGGACAAACGUUGUGCCGUCAGAUUUACCAAAAGAGAAAAUUGCGAUAUUCACAAAAGUGUUUUCUCAACUUCCUUAUGAUGUGCUGUGGAAGUGGGAUAAGGAUGACCUGCCAGGACGGAGUGAUAACAUUAGAAUAGCAAAAUGGUUGCCGCAGUCCGAUCUUUUGAGACAUCCAAAAGUCAAAGCAUUCAUAACGCAAGGAGGUUUACAAUCAACUGAUGAAGCUAUUGUUGCUGGUGUUCCAAUGAUUGGUUUUCCCAUGUUGGGUGAUCAAUGGUUUAAUGUUGAAAAAUACAAAUACCACAAAAUUGGGAUUGGAUUAGAUAUUGAAACAGUCACUGAGCAGACAUUAGAGAAUGCUAUCAAAACUGUAAUUGAAGAUGAAAGUUUUCGCCGCAAUAUACGAAGAGUUCGAAACUUAAUGCAGGAUAAUCUGCAACCUCCCUUAGAGCGUGCCAUUUGGUGGGUGGAACAUGUUCUGCGGCACGGCGGCGCGAAGCACCUGCGCUCGCCCGCCGCCAACAUCUCGUGGGCGGAGUACCUAGAACUGGAACUGGUGCUCACAUUACUGGCAGGACUGUUUACCAUUUUCACCAUAACUAUUUUUACUAUUUAUAAACUGUAUUUCCACAUUUCCACAUUUCUUAAAAGUAAAUCUAAAGUUAAAGUUUUUUGUAAUUUUUUGAACGUGAGUGUAAGUGCGUCUACAAUGUCUACUAUACUGUAUAUUCUCCUUUAUUUUAUAUUUGUGACUACUAAUGAAGCAUCCAGAAUCCUGGCAGUGGUACCGACACCAUCCAUCAGUCAUCAAGCUGUUUUCCGUACUUUAACUCAAGAACUGGUAAAGAGAGGUCACGAGGUCACAGUCAUCACAACAGAUCCUGAGUUCAAAAAUAUUGGAGCACCUCCUAACCUAACAGAAAUCGACGUCCAUGACGUCUCGUAUAAAAUAUGGCACGAUACAUUCAUUACAAAAGCUUCUAAAGGAAAAAAGAAUGAUAUAGUAUCACAGAUGGAAAUUGUUUUUAAAGGAUUGACUCAAAUUCUAGAAGCGCAAUUGCAAACUAAAGAGGUCCAAGCGUUAAUAAGUGACAAAGGAAAAUCAUUUGAUCUGUUAUUACUUGAAGCCUGUGUUCGACCAGCUUUAAUAUUUUCUCACAUCUACAAAAAUGUUCCAGUUAUUCUUAUUAGUUCCAUGGGUGGUACAAAUAUAAAUUAUAAAGUAAUAGGUGCAGAAGUCCACCCUCUGUUAUACCCUGACCAUUUCCACCAGAGUAUUUACAAUCUGACUUCCUGGGAAAAGCUUCGUGCGCUGUACACUCACUACCAAUUUAAGAAACUUCAUGAAAAUAUGGCGGAAUUUGAAGAUACUAUGCUUCAAAAACAGUUUGGUGAUGACUUACCAUCAGUAACGGAGUUGAGUAGCAACGUUGACAUGUUGUUCCUGAACAUACAUCCAAUAUUUGAAGGUAUCCGUCCGGUUCCACCGUCAGUAGUUUAUAUAGAAGGACUCCACCUAAAACCACAGAAGGAACUACCUACUGACCUCAAGUCAUAUUUAGACUCGUCUAAAAAUGGAGUGAUAUACUUAAGCUUUGGGACAAACGUUGUGCCGUCAGAUUUACCAAAAGAGAAAAUUGCGAUAUUCACAAAAGUGUUUUCUCAACUUCCUUAUGACGUGCUUUGGAAGUGGGAUAACGAUGACCUGCCAGGACGGAGUGAUAACAUUAGAAUAGCAAAAUGGUUGCCGCAGUCCGAUCUUUUGAGACAUCCAAAAGUCAAAGCAUUCAUAACGCAAGGAGGUUUACAAUCAACUGAUGAAGCUGUUGUUGCUGGCGUGCCAAUGAUUGGUUUUCCCAUGCUGGGUGAUCAAUGGUUUAAUGUUGAAAAAUACAAAUACCACAACAUUGGGAUUGGAUUAGAUAUCGAAACAGUCACUGAGCAGAUAUUGGAAAAUGCCAUUAAAACUGUAAUUGAAGAUGAAAGUUUUCGCCGCAAUAUACAAAGACUUCGAACAAUAAUGCAGGAGAACCCACAGCCUCCCUUAGAGCGUGCUAUUUGGUGGACGGAGUACGUGCUGCGGCACGGCGGCGCGAAGCACCUGCGCUCGCCCGCCGCCAACAUCUCGUGGUGGGAGUACCAAGAACUGGAACUUUCUGUUCUGACUUUACUGCUGGAACUAUUAUUCAUUUUCAUUGUAAUUCCUAUAACAAUGUACAAACUGUGCAUCUACUGGGUGAACAAUAGUUCUAAAAUAAAGGAUUCUUAAAGAUGUAAACUGAAAAUUUUAUUGUGUGAAAUAAAAUUUGUUUUGAUUGA